UAAGAGACACACACGUACACGAAUGCGGUAGAUGAGAGUUUGUAUUUGCUUAGCUUUUGUUUGAGCCUUGAGAAAGAAACUGAAACAAGAGUUAUGGUCUUGGUUCUGCUUCCACCCCAAAACCGCCAUCGCCAUGGAAGCUGGUAGAGGCAAAGCUCGAACCAACACCGUCCUGUCUCGCUUCUUCCUUUCUGGGUUUUACUGCUGGGGCUGGGAGUUCCUCACUGCCCUUCUCCUUUUUAGUUGUCCUAAUCCCUCCUCCUCAUCCUAAAUUCCUAACCAAACUAACCCAUUAGUUCAAUCAAUCCCCAAAACCAAAAGCGGUUGUGGGUUUUGCUAGCUCAAUUACAUUUUGUAACCAAAGGUUUUUUUUUUUUUUUCACUUUUUGCGUCUUUAUUAUUGUAUCUUUUUUUUUUCUUUAUCCAUCGGUUGAAGAUGGCGCAAAGGUCCGUUCCGGCGCCGUUUUUGACCAAGACGUAUCAGUUGGUGGACGAUCCGAGCUGGGACGAUGUCAUCUCGUGGAACGAAAGCGGGACAACGUUUGUUGUUUGGAAGACUGUGGAUUUUGCCAGGGAUAUGUUGCCUAAAUAUUUCAAGCACAACAAUUUCUCAAGCUUCGUCCGCCAGCUUAACACCUAUGGCUUUCGAAAGACGGUGCCGGACCAAUGGGAGUUCGCGAACGACAACUUCCGGCGAGGGCAGAAGGAGCUCCUCUCCGAAAUCCGUCGCCGGAAAUCGGUGACGGCGGGGCCGGGGAAGGCUACGGCCAGCGAGAAAUCCGGAGGGCCGUCGACUCCAUCGAACUCGGGGGAGGAGAUGGCGUCGACUUCGACGUCGUCGCCGGACUCGAAGAACCCGGGGUCGGUGGAGACAGCGGCCAUGGGUCAAGCGUCUGAUUUGUCGGGCGAGAACGAGAAACUGAAGAAGGAGAACGAGAAUUUGAGCUCGGAGCUGGCGCAGACGAAGAAGCAAUGCGACGAGCUCGUAGGAUUCCUGAUGGAUUACCUGAAAGUGGGGCCCGAUCAGAUCAAUCGCAUCAUGCGGCAAGGAAGCUAUGUGUCCACCCGUGAUGUAGAUGAUGAUGAUGAUGAUGAUGAUGAUCUCGAUUUUGAUCGUGAUGAGAAUGAUGCUGCUGAUGAUGACGAUGACGACGGAAAACAAAAGGAGGGCUUGAAGCUGUUUGGGGUUUGGGUGAAAGGGAACGAGAAGAAGAAGAGUAAGAGAACGGAGCGAGAUGAGAAAUUUGGGGUUGGUAUUGGUGUUGGCGGGACCUACGCGAAGAAGAUGAAGAGCGCGGAGUUCGGCGCGCCGAUGGUGAAGAGCGGGAAGGUAUGCAACUGAGCUAGCUGAAAAGGCCUGUGCGCCUGCCCGGAUGAUGUUGAAAAACUUUGUUACUGUAGAAGUUGUUUUAAUUUUACAUGAAACACCAAACGGUUAAGGUAGUUCCGUAAAGAAGCAAUAGACAGAAAAGUUACGGUUGUGUAAUAUUAUAGUUGAAAUAAGGAUGAAUGGUUUUUGAAUUGGAAGUCUGCUGUUCAAAUGAUGCUACUUUGGGCCGUGGAGAUCAAAAGGCAAUCCGACUCAAAAGGGUCCCUCUGCCCCCCAUCAUUUGAAACUUCAUAAUCAUUUUCCACUUUUCUUGUAAAUGAAUUUGGAUUGAUGAUUCUAGAUUUUGUUAGAUCUCAAAUUCAGGCAA